GCGAAAUGACUAUAGGAAAAUGGGGUGUUUCUCUUGGAAAUACAUCUUCUAGGAAUAAAUCUACACUUUCGCAUAGUAAUAAGAAUAAAUCAACAGGAAAACAAAAGCCACAAGAAACGCCCGAGGCUUUUGAAUCUUCUAAAGGUGACACCCGAAAUCUUGUUAAUUGUGAGGUUCAAUUAAGUAAUUCGGAAACUAUUCUUAAUUUAAAGGAGAGAUUAUGGCAACUUGUUUUAAUUUCUCCCGUAAACCAAAGAUUGAUACUGAAAGGGAAAGCAUUGGUUGACAACAAGACGUUGUUGGAAUAUGGUAUAAACGAUGGCACUACAAUACAUCUAGUCCAGAAAUCCGGUUCAGUUAGUUCGGAGCCGACAGCUACUGCUGGGGUUAACCCUGUACAAUCGGUACCGGUUGUUUCGUCUCAGGAAGCACCGCAAAAUAUUAAAGAACAUAAAUCACACCAACUCUCUACCGCAGCAAUGGAAAAAUUGAAAGAUCCACAAUUUUUGCUCUCAUUGCGAUCAUUUUUACGUGGUCAAUUUUCGGAUGGUGAUGAUGCUGAUCAUGUUUUAAAAGAUUUCAUUAAUAUAUAUCAAGAAUUAAAUGAUAAGACCAUUAUUGUUUGGCAAUUAACCCACGAGGAAGCAACCUAUGGCAUACCACGUAAAGCUCUCACUGGCCAUAACCACUUUGUACAAGAUGUGGUCAUUUCUUCUGAUGGUCAAUUUGCACUUUCUGCUUCAUGGGAUAAAACUCUUCGCCUCUGGGAUCUUAAUACUGGAACAACCACCCGUAGAUUUGUUGGUCACGAAAAAGAUGUUCUUUCCGUGUCCUUUUCACCAGACAACCGACAAAUCGUCUCUGGUUCAAGAGAUAAGACCAUCAAAUUGUGGAAUACGCUAGGUGAAUGUAAAUUUAACAUUCAAGAAGAAGGUCACACUGAAUGGGUCUCUUGUGUGAGAUUUUCACCAAAUCCGUCCAAUCCUGUGAUUGUGUCAUGUGGUUGGGAUAAACUUGUUAAG